AUGUUCGCCGCACGAAGAGCAGUGUCCGGCGCUUUCCAGACCAGGGCUUUCUCGGCCUCGGCGAGAGACUUGUCGAAAGUUACCGUCCUCGGCGCUGCGGGAGGCAUUGGACAGCCGCUGUCUCUUCUCCUCAAGCUGAACCCUCGGGUUACUGACUUGGCCUUAUACGAUAUCCGCGGAGGCCCAGGUGUCGCUGCCGACAUCAGCCACAUCAACACCAAGAGCACAGUCACUGGCUAUGAUCCCACACCAUCAGGACUUGCCGCCGCUCUCAAGGGCGCAGAAAUUGUCCUGAUUCCGGCCGGUGUCCCCCGCAAGCCCGGCAUGACCCGCGAUGAUCUAUUCAACACAAACGCGUCCAUUGUCCGCGACCUCGCAAAGGCCGCCGCCGAAUCCGCACCCAACGCAAACAUCCUCGUUAUUGCCAACCCAGUGAACAGCACCGUCCCCAUCGUUGCUGAGAUCUUCAAGGCAAAGGGAGUCUACAACCCCAAGCGCCUCUUCGGUGUCACAACCCUUGACGUUGUCCGUGCCUCGCGCUUCGUCUCUGAGAUUAAGAAGAGCGACCCAGCGGAUGAGAACAUCACCGUUGUCGGAGGUCACUCCGGCGUCACCAUCGUUCCUCUGUUCUCUCAAUCAAGCCACCCAGAUUUGGUUGGCAACGCCGAGCUCCUCAAGCGCGUGCAAUUCGGCGGUGACGAGGUCGUCAAGGCAAAGGAUGGUGCUGGAUCUGCUACCCUGUCCAUGGCUAUGGCUGGUGCCCGAUUCGCCGAGAGUCUGUUGAAGGCUGCUCAAGGCCAGAAGGGUGUUACUGAGCCAACUUUCGUCGAUAGCCCAUUAUACAAGGACCAGGGUGUUGAUUUCUUUGCCAGCAAGGUUGAGUUGGGCCCCGAUGGUGCGGAGAAGAUCUUGGACGUCGGAAAGCUUGAUGCCCAGGAGCAGCAGCUCUUGGAUGCUUGCUUGGCGGAUUUGAAGAAGAACAUCGAGAAGGGCGUCACAUUCGUUGCCCAAAACCCAGGCAACUAA